CAAAACAUUCGCGCAUAUAUUUGUCGUUAUUGAAGGUGAAACCACCCCAGCCUUUACACACAAAUCAACGCAUGAGGUUGAUUACGCUGAAGGGGCGAAUUUUAACUUCGAGUUUCAACUAAGAUGGUUUUUUUUCCCCCUUUCUUGUGUAUUUUUGCAGGUUUCAAUUCGUUUUCCUGAAGAUUCAGCCGUCGAGGACUUCGACCAACUACUCAAAUUGAUGUUUUUUUUUUCUUCAAGUAAUGGACAUCUGAUUACUAUUUUUGCCUCCAGUUCUUGAAGGAAAAGGCUAGCCUUUAGCUACCAAAGCCCCACCCAUUAGAAAUUUUGAAGCAGAAAUGGAGGGGGUGCCGGUGGACCCCAGAGAGAUUUUGAAGGGAGUGGAGGUUCUUCUAGGGAAGGAUGGAGGACUCUGUAGCUUGGAGGGAGUCCCAAAGAUGUUCAGCUUAAUGAAAGCAUCUGCCAAGAUGGUCAGUCGGUGUAUGUACUUGAACAUCCUUCUUCAUACAAAAUCUCAUGAUGUUCUCAACAGGUUCAUUAGAGUUGGUGGAUACAGACUGCUGAACUCAUGGCUCACCUACUCCAAAACCACCAACAAUUCUCCUCUGCUGCAGCUUAUUCUGCUCACUCUCCAGAAGUUGCCACUCAAGGUGGACCAUCUCAAACAGAACAACACAGCGAAGUUGGUAAAGCAGCUAUGCAAAGGUGCAGACACAGAAGAAUUGAGGAAGUUGGCAUCUGUUCUUGUCGAUGGCUGGAUGGCCACAAUUCGCUCCCAGAGUGUAUCAAGCAAUGCCAACAGUCCUGCCGAUAAGAAGAAGAAGAAAGAAGAUGGGAAGGUCCCACUCAAAGAGGUGAAAGACAAGAGUGGAGAGGAGGAGAAGAAGAAAGACAAGGCCAAAGCUCAUGCACCGAGUCAUGCAAAAAUUCGUUCCAUAGGUCUAGAGAUGGACACUCCGAACCCUGCCCCCACAAAGAAGACUCCGGCUGCUCCUCAGCUCGGUGACAAGUACAAUAUCAAGCCUCCAGUCCUCAAGAGGUUAAGUUCUGGUCAGUUUGAUAAUCCUCCAUUGGAGAAGAAAUACAAACCUCUAAACAUGCCAUCUAACUCUACCAAAGAAAUAAAAGUCAAGAUCAUUCCAGCGCAACCCAUGGAGUGCACAGGGUUCCUAGAUGCGCUCAACUCUGCUCCGGUGCCUGGUAUCAAGAUCAAGAAAAAGAAGGCUGCUGCUGGUUCACCAUCUAAUGCCAAGGCUGUAUCCCCGACCUCGAACAAGACAAAUCCAUUUGAUGGUAAACCAUCUACGUAUUCCUCAUCUUCUGCCAAACCAACAUCUCCGGAGACUGUUUCUUCAAGUACUAUUGAUGAAAACCAGGAGCCGGAGCGGCCUGGGACCCCCGUGCCCUCUGAAGACCCAGACUCCAUGGACACUGGAGACAAGCCUAAUGCUCUGUCAGAGCCUCGUGGAGAAGAAGACUUAACAAAGAAGGGCAAGAAAAAAAAGACUGUUCACUGGGCUCAGGAAGAUAACCUCAAACAUUACUUCUACUUUGACCUCGAUGAGACAGAGAGAGUCAAUGUCAAUAAGAUCAAGGACUUUGGUGAGGCGGCCAAACGGGAAUUGAUGAUGGACAGACAGACAUUUGAGAUGGCCCGACGGCUUUCCCACGACACUAUGGAGGAGAGGGUCCCCUGGACACUCCCCAGGCCACUGACAUUGCCUGGCAGUCUGGUCAUUCCUGGGUCCAACAGCACAGAAAAGCUCGCCCAGCGGGACCGUGAGAUGGGCAUCUUACAGGAGAUCUUUCUCAGUAAAGAGAGUGUUCCUGACAGUCCACAUGAACCAGACCCAGAGCCUUAUGAACCUAUGCCCCCUCGACUCAUUCCCCUAGAUGAGGACUCGUCAAUACCAGACGAUGGCUACUCGGAGCCCAUGGACACAUCUCACCAGGUUCCCGCACUGGCUCAAAACGAGGGCUCCAAGCUGCCACCGGUCCUUGCUAACUUGAUGGGCAACCUUAACAACAAUUCACGUAGCCCCCAGACCACAAACACUGUCAACAAUCCCGUCACGCCAGCUGUCAACGUACAGGAGCUGCUUUCGUCUAUUAUGGGUGCUUCUGGUAACCAGUCUACUGAAGACCUCAUCAAGCAGCCUGACUUCUCUGAUAAGAUUAAACAACUUCUGGGUUCCCUGCAACAGACACAAAACCAGAACCAGGGACCAACACCAGUCAACCCAGGUUUGCUGGGUCAUGUUCCCAUGAACAACAUGCACAUGCAGAUGCCCAUGAACAGCGGCUUCCCACCAAACAUGCCUCCAGGUGGCCCCCGCUUCAACCACCCUCCACCCCCUCACGGUCACGGGCCGCCUUUCAACGCUGGUGGAGGCCCGCGCAUGAUGGGACCCCCACCGGGACAGGGCCGCGGGGAUAACGGAAACUACUGGGGAGACGACUCCAUGAGAGGAGGGCCCCACCGAGGAGGCCAUUUCCACCGGGGAGGAAGAAGCCGAGGAGGAGAGCCGGGUUUCCGGGGCCGAGGACGAGGGGGUCCACGAGGAGGACACAACAUGAAUGACAUGUCCAUGCGGCCUGUUUGUCGCCACUUCAUGAUGAAGGGAAACUGCAGGUACGAGAGCAACUGCGCUUUUUACCACCCCGGUGUAAAUGGACCUCCAUUCCCCCCGAACCACCCUGCAAACAACCAGCAUGGACACUAAGUGGCAGUGCAGUGCCUUCAUAGUUGCUGAAGACAACUGUGCAAUCUUUGCCACAUGCUACAUUUCCUUUUCAUCAAACCACUGCAGAGUGAUUGUACAAGUGAAGGACUCCAAUUCUGUGAGAUGAUCACCAAUGGCACUGUUUUUAACUCAUUCACUGCCAGCCUUCCCAGUUAACAUGGAUAUUUGACUUCUAAAGCCGUCAAUGGCAGUGAAUGUGUUAACAGUUAAAACCUUCACCAGUUGUUGCCACUAUGGCUGCCUGCUUGAACAUAAUGGAAGUCACAAAGAAGAAGAAAGCUUGCCACAUACUUUCCCUCUUUUCCAGUUUACUAAUAUUGCCUUUCAGCAGUGUUGUUUCCUUCUUGCCGGAUUCUUUGGUUGCACAAAAGAAAAGGUAAAUCAAAUGACACCACAAAUGACUAUGAUUGCGCUUGAACAACUAGAUUUAAAUGACCCUUUAUCAUGAUCAAGAUUAACUGAUACAAGGAAGCCUCCCCCCCUUCCCUCACAGCAGCUGCUAAGUGAAUGUGCUAAAAAUUAGGACCCUGUGCGUGCUACCUUUUUUUUAAAAAAAAAAAAAGAAAAAAAAACUUUUUGUCUCCACUUUGUGGCUGGUCCGCUCAUUUUUUUCAGCAAGCAAUUAUGGAUUAUGACGAGUCUGCCGGUUACAGCAAAUGACUUAUGAACUCUCCAUCUGAACCCUCUGAGAAGGGUUUGAACGUCAGUAUUAUGUUGAAGCUUUCUGCAGGUCAGCUAUAUAGUGCGUGUUUUCUGUGAAAACAAUGACCUUUAUGUCUCUUGUGGGACUUUUUUUUCCUCCAUGUUUUCUUUUGAUAAAAUGUUGAGAACAGGUUCCCUUUUUUAUGAUGGGUUCAUUGACUCAAUUGUUUGUACUGUAUGGUUGUGUACAAUACAUGUUCAUACGGUCAUAUUUUUCAGUUGAAUUAUUUUCUACACUGUAUUAAAUGAAUGUUAAAAUAUAA